AUGGGAAACAAAUUAUUCAAAGGAAAUAAUUAUGAUAUUUUGAGAAAUAAGGGAGACAUUUUAAACAUUAGGAAUUUCAAACCAUUACAUAUUGAAACUUUUUAUCCUCCUUUAAAAAAGUCUAAAAAAGUUUCCGUUUGUAGAUGUUGGAAAUCUAAUAAUUUUCCUUAUUGUGAUAACACACAUCAAAAAUUACAACAACAGGGAAUUAUAUGUGGUCCUUUACUUUUAGAAAUAAGAAAAAAUAAUAAUAUAUAUUCUCAUUAA